AAUAGCAACAACAAUGUUUUUAAUUUUAAUAUUGUUUAUAAUAACAGCUGUGUUAAAGCUUAUACCAGCCCAAGUUGUUCCGGAUUAUCCCAACAACUAUAAUUACAACAGUUACAUAACCUAUAGACCGCCAUUAAAUUUAAGUCCUACAUUUUCCGAUUUAAAUGUUCAAACUCAUACAACACCCUCACCAUAUGCUUAUGGCAAUCCCUAUGGUUCAAAUUCAUAUAAUCAAGUGGAUUAUAAGAAAAUACGUAUUUGGCCUUUUAUCAUAGAUCAAUAUGCUACUUAUCCUUAUAAUACUUAUUUUAAUAACCAUUAUAAUUAUGAUCCUUAUAAUACACUCUCAAAUCCCUAUAAUAUCAGACCAACUUUACAGACAUAUAACACUAAUUGGAAUCAACAGAGUUUGGGGAAAAAGUAGGUGUUUUAAGGGACAUUAAAAAAAAAAAAAUGGCGUGAUGUUUAAUAUUUGAAAUGUUAUGAAAUUAUUUAUUUAUAAUGUUUACUUUUAGCUAUUGUUUUAGUUGUUAAGUGUGUGUGUAUUAAAUUUAUUU